AUGAGGAUGAAGAAGAAGAAGAAGAUGAGGAUGAAGAAGAAGAAGAAGAAGAAGAAGAGAAUGAGGAUGAAGAUGAAGAAGAAGAAGAAGAGGAUGAGGAUGAAGAAGAAGAAGAAGAAGAGGAUGAGGAUGAGGAUGAGGAUGAAGAAGAAGAAGAAGAAGUAGGAUGAAAAUAAGAAGAAUUCCAGUACAGCAAAAAGUGUAUCUGCAGAGAGCUCCGCUAUUUCUGACAGUUCUCUGACAGUUCCUUCACAUUUACAGUGGUUGAAACAUUGUAUCUAUUUGUUUCCGAAUAAA